GAAAUAUCCUGUGAUGGUGUUUAUACAUGGCGAAAGUUACAAAUGGAACAGCGGUAAUCCAUACGAUGGCACCAUCCUAGCUGCUUACGGAAACGUCGUUUUCGUCACCAUCAAUUUUCGGCUUGGCAUUUUAGGUUUCCUAAGACCAGGUAUAAGGGACGACGCGGCGAGUAAUUUUGGAUUACUGGAUCAAAUAGCAGCGCUUUUAUGGCUCCAAGAAAAUAUUGCUGCCUUCGGUGGAGAUCCCGACAUUGUGACCUUAGUUGGCCACGGUACCGGUGCUAUUUUUGCUAAUUUACUUCUCCUCAGUCCGGUUGCAAACAACGAAGGUCUGUUCAAGCGAGCCAUUCUGAUGUCCGGUUCGGCAUUGAGUGCUGACGCUAUCGGCAAGGCGCCGCUGCAAAUUACCAAGCAGGUGGCGAUAGCUUUGAAUUGUCCAACGACGAACGACAGCGAUUUGGCGCAUUGUCUACGCUUUCAAGAUGUCGAAACGCUUCUCAACGUGAAGAUUCACAAGCCGCGAUACGUGCCGGCGUUCGCACCUCUCGUUGACAAAGCGGUUAUACCGAAUAAACCUAUUAACCUCAUGGAAGACACACAACUUUUCGGCAGAUACGACUUAAUGUACGGCAUUACCGAGUCAGAAAAAUUUCACAUUCUACCGCAAACUGCCUUACAACAUGGUUUGUUCGAUAAUCAACGCGAUGAGAUCCUUCGAGAUCAUGCUAAGGCCACGCACGAGCUGGAGCCAGAGCUCGUCCUAUCGAAGAUCCUCGAACACUAUGGAGACUUUUAUGGCGAAUUUACAGACGACUACGCGACGAAGAAUAGGGACAUGGUCCUAGAAGCACUUUCUGACAGCGGUACUGUCGCACCCUUGAUAAUGACCGCCAAUUUACAUUCUAGAGCAAACCCGAAUAGCUACAUGUACGUCUUCUCUCAUCCGAAGGCUAUGCAAGAUUAUUCCGGUCAACAACGACAACAGACGAUACACGGGGAAGAGCUGUCCUAUGUGCUCGGCGUUCCACUCGAUGGGAGCAAGUACGACUUGCGUACUCGAUACAACAUCGGCGAGACAUUGUUUUCCGAGGCCAUGAUGAAUUGGUGGUGCAGUUUUGCAUACAUUGGGAACCCAAACGCAGCCAAGAGAUAUCCGUACUUGACUGACGGACUAAAGGAAUGGGGACAGUACGAGCUUGAUUGGUUGGAGUACAAUUCAAGAAAUCAAACUUACUUUAAUUUAACUAUACCGCCAAAGCUUGGCUCUCACUAUCGUUCUGCUGAGAUGCAAUUCUGGAACGAGGAUCUUCCCAACAUGUUGAGGCAUCCCAGCAAAGACAUUCCGAUGUUCAAUCGACCAAAGGGUCCACGACCCCCUAUACUCGACUUCGCUGAUGGGAUUGGUAAAUACGCGAAUGGCAGCUCCGACAGGAAUUACGACAUUCACGGUGCCUGGAUGACAAUGAAGACGCCAUCGAGUAUAACCGAAAGUAAUUUUGAGAAGAGACCACUGAUACCUCUUUUUGCGACGACGAAUCAGCCAAAUCUUGAAAGCACCACGUCCGAGUCAAGCUCUUUAAAAAGUUCCUCGGUUAUAACGAUAAUGAUCGGUUUCGGCGUGGUAUUCCUGAUAAUCAAUUUAUCCGCUUUCUUAUAUUUAUACUGGAAACGUCAAGCUACGAAAAAGAAUGAAAAACCUCUAAAGAGACGUCUCAGUCAGAGAGAUGAAACAUCCAAAAGACCGAAGACGGAGAAACAAGAAAAUCAUUAUGGCGAUCUUGGUUAUAAAAGUGAUAGCAAGCCGGAUUUGAACGAGGUGAUUAAAAGUGACAAAGCUUACGACAACAAUUCCAACUUUGGCAGAAGAUCCAAACUUUCGCGAGAAAAUUCCAAUUCUACUAUCGAUACCCAUAUUAAAGUUCGAGAGUGGAUACAACAGGAAAUUGUACACAGGUGUUCACCGAGGUUUCUGCGAAAAACAAGAGAAACUUUGGCGAAAGAGCAUCAGGCGAAAUUAACGAAACAAGAAGAAGAAGAAAAGUGGCGAUUGGAAGAGGAAGCAUUGAAGAAGGGUAAAAAGGAAGAGCCGAUAUACGACGAAAGUCCAACGAUCGUAGUACGACCAGGUAAAAAGUCAAAGGCAGCAAAGGUAUCGGUAGGAAUUGAUGCCACCCCGGCAACGAGGACCGAAUCUAUUUUGAAUCAAGUACCAAUUGAGUUGUCGAAGAAGGAGGAGACGUUCCUCGAGAAGAUCGAACAAACCUUCGACUAUCCUCUAUCGGAUUCCGGCAGCCAAUUCCAGAUGACACCUCAAGUCGUUGUAAUAGAGCAUCAUCAUUCUAGAAGCGAUCCACUACCAAUGGAGAACGUCUUGAGAACCAUGAAACCGAAUUUCUCGACUCCGCGAAUCUAUGAAUCCGAUUCUGGGAGUGUAAGUAGUCUCUACGCGAAGAUCAAUCCAAAUUUGAAAGCUCGAAUUCCGCGGGCGAAUCUUGAAAGGAGCGACGAGACCAUAGAGAUCGAGGCUUCGAAGAAUGCCGAGGAUCAAACUAUUCCAUUUGAGGAAAUCUACGUGAAAUCGACGAAAUUAACAACUUUUGGUGGGGGUAGUACGCCUAGUGACGUCAACGUCACUUGUAGAGAACCAACGGUCGAAAGGGAGUCCGUUAGUCCAGAGGAAGCUCUUCGAACGAUAAAACGACGAAAUUACCCCAAGGUCCUACCAGACAUUGAGAAAAGACGUUCGCUUCCUGUACCGACAACCUUGUUCCUACCGAAACAACAUGGAAACUCUUUAAGAGGAUACAAGGGUACUCUACCUAGUCCUGUUUCGGGGCAACCUCCAUUACCACCGCCAAGAAUGUUUGGCCCAUCUAAAAGCUUGGAAUUCGCCGAAGAAAAGGAGAACCAUUCCGAGGAGGAAGCAGUUACCAGUGAUCUUCACAUCGGACCUUUAGCCAAGCGACAAGAUUCUUCCGCUAAAAACAACUCCGAUCCAAGCAUCAUCGAUUCCAUCGAAGGAAACAUUAUGAUGAAUAGCGUUCAUCCCGGUGGCGGGAGCGUUGAUACCAUUUACAAGAAUCCAAGGUGUCCCGUACAUGGUGGAUCCUACACGUUUUCGCCAACAUCUCAGACACUGGACAAAGAUAUUGGAGAUCCUAGAAGAGACUUCGUCGAAGCAGGAAUGGGCAACCCUAAUUGGUACAAGCCCGUAGCGAGGGAUGGCAAGGUAGUGCCGGUAAUGUCAUUGGCGUCCUCGGAACCACGGAUCGUGAUUGCUCCUAGAGAACCGGAGAGACAGCAUCGAUUGAUCGAUCCUAACGCAAAUUGGGAUAGGACAGGCGAGCCAAAGAUCCUGAGAGUGGUUAAUCUUCCAGGACAGGACAAUCAAGAUCUCUGCCAGACAAUAACGAAUAUGGGAAAUACUUGUUCUUCGGGUUCAUCCGAACGAUUCGAGGUAGAAUCCAGUGCAGGAUCGAGCAGUGUUAGCAACUUAACCAGCUCCAAAGAAGAAAGAAAAGAACCACGUAUCAUAAUAACUGCUGCUGAUCCAAAGAAUACUAACUUGGGCAAUUUGAAACAACCGAAAAUCAUUAUCAAACCUACGACUAGUUUUCAAAAGAGCCGAGAUCAAAGGAACAUACCGAAAAUCUCAGCAAUACCAUUGGUGGAACGACAAAAUAGUCAAAACGUCGAGAGGGAUAAGAUCUUAGAACGUAAAGAGAACAGACCUACUCUCGAAAGACCUCCUUUGAGAGAAAAGCCGAAAGUAACGAGAAUACCGUCAUUUUCCAGACGAAAAGAGGACUUACCUAUCGUUACGGAUAAAUCGUUAACGCAAACGCAUGUGGAGAAGACGGAAAUUGUGCAAAGAGUCGAAGCAGUAACUGGUAAAAUCGCGAACGUGACUUACGUACACGAUAGCAAAUCUUCCAUACCUACGCUUCAGAAAAAGGACUGCGAGAAAUCGUCUACAAGUGGUGAAGAUUCCAAUGGAAUCCCGACUGGUACAGUCAAAAGAAAACCCUCCAAUAAAAAAUAAUAUAAAGAGGUUCAACAACUAGUUCUACGCUUCCUCUCUUGUCUUGAUCGCCUUUUUUUGCAAUAUCAAGAAGUACGAAAAGGGGAUCAAAUUUACCAUACCAGCUCGUAAUCGUGUAAAGACAAGAUAAUAGACUACACGAGUAGAUAGAAAAUAACGAUAGACUCAAAAAUAAUAUUAACGUUAUUAUUAUAGAGAAUAGAUAAGCUAAGCGAGUCAAGAUAAGUCGAUAGGAAUAAUGUAACUAACAAUUAUGCAGAUUAAAAGGUGAAAGGCAUCGGGCUGGAGGAAAGUAUUGUCCAAUUUAACGUGGCAUUUAAUUCUUGAACAUUUGACAAUACUUCCCCCUCUUUAGUCGAUAUCUUCAUUAUAAUGAUGCAAAGAUAAAUAUAUGCACACAGACCACCAAAUUGUACUACGCGAUUUACAUUUCCCCAAACUGAUGUUUGCAUUUUCUUACAAAAUAUUCUCUCCGAGAAUUCAACAAAUAUUUUAGUUCUAGUAAAUCGAAUAUCGAAGCUGCGUUGGUUCGUUCGUCCUUUAACUUUCAACGAUUCUAUAGAGGAAAACUGAUCUAUCGAUAUCAUUUUGCGAAACCUAAAGCCGAUGUUGAAGAAGAGUUGGCUAAAAGAUUCGGUCCAGUGCAUGCUAAAGUAAUGAAAGCAUCUUCCUAUUCGAACGGACUUUCGAAUUCGACGAGCCGAACGAAGAAAUUGAAAAGUCCUCCACGAAAGAGAUCGAUCCUGAUUUCGAACGGGGCAACGACGAAUUUUAUUUUACGUAAGAAGAAGAAACUAGAAACGUGCCACUAUACUUCGUGAUUGGUGAUAGAGUAAGUUUAUUACAGUUUCCAAGUCGUGUUAUCUAUGAAAGUUCUC